UUUUUAACAGAAUAUUCGAUAUGGAACCGAUUCUCCCUCGAUUCCCGCUUACUAACGUAUUAACUGGCUAAUUGCGAAAAAUACGAGUUCACAAAUGCGCGUGAACUCGUCGAUCGAUACUCCACAUGGGUAGAUCAGGGCGAGCUAUAACAUACGAAUGUACCUCGCCAAAGUUUCGAGAAAAAAUCAGUUUGUCCUAACAAUCAGUCUUAAAUCUAAUGAUAUUAUCAAUCUUUUGGUUUUUUCGAUUAAAAGAGCAUUUUAUGCCUCAGAAUGUCCACGUUCCUUGGGUUUAUCAAGGAGAUACCUGGCAUCUCAGUGGAUCGUUUUGAUGGAAAAAACAAAUACUCCUCUGCGUAUUUUCUUAGCCAUUGUCAUACUGAUCAUAUGCAAGGCCUGAGCCAAACAUUUUUUGAAGAUUUAAAGCAGUAUAACAAGUUCCUUUAUUGCAGUCGUAUUAGUAAAGUUUUCUUAGAUGCUAGAUAUUAUGGAAUAGAAACCUGUGUAAAAGACAUUGAUAUCGAUGAGAGAGUCCUUAUUGAAUACAAAAACAAUGGUUACAAUACAAAUCUUUUUGUAACGUGUAUUUCUGCUGGACAUUGUCCUGGCUCUGUAAUGUUUCUUUUUGAAAAAAUGGAUAAAUUAAUAUUAUAUACUGGAGAUUUUAGAAUUAAUCCAAGAGAUUACAAGAAAAUAGUAUCACUGCAUUAUUGCAAUGAUUUCAAUACAUUUCCAAAAAAGUUUGCUAAAAUGUACUUAGAUACAACAUUUUUAGAUUAUAAUUUCAUUGUUUUCCCAACAAGAAAAGAAAGUAUUAAUAAAAUGGGUCAUGUUGUGAAAGAGUGGCUAGAGGAAAGCCCAAGGAAUGUUGUGGUUCUGGAAUGUUCCGCUUUAUAUGGCUCUGAGUUUUUAUACAUGGAGUUGUCAAAAGCUUUAAAUUUAUCUAUUCACGUUAAGAAUACCGUAUACGAGAGCUAUUGUCGUAUCCCAGACUUGGCACGUCACAUUACAAAUAAUCCACUAGCUACGCGUAUACAUGCAUGUAUGAAGAAAUUGGACCGUUCAGGUCUGGAAUGCCGUGCCGAUAUCCUUGAUAAGAAUAUACUAACUAUUGUACCAUCCGUACAAAAAUGGAGGGGAAGAGAUACGAGUGUCGUUGGAGAGUGGGAUCGUGACAGGGAGAGGACGUUCAAUGUAUGCUAUUCCACGCAUGCCUCUUUCGACGAACUUAAGAAAUUUAUACAAUAUUUUAAGCCAGAGGAAAUAUAUCCUUGCGUGUGUCCAGAAAAUUUAGAACGUACAAUAUCUCAUUUGCUAAGUCAAAUUAGAAGUACAUAUUAAUAAAGCUAAAAAAGAAAGGAACGAUGCAGUUGAAAAUUGUGAAAAAUAUAUGUUAAGUUCUUAAGUGCAAAAUUAUAAAUAAACCACUGAAAUAUUUCAUAAGUAUUCCAACAUAAAAUAUAUAUAACAUAAUAAUAAUGAGUUUAACUUUAAAAGUACUUUUGUACUUGAUUUUUUGAAUAGUUUUAAUUCUCUCUUAACAAUUGUAUCAAUCUUAUAAUUAUAUACUAUUAACAGAUACAUUAUUGUUAUAUUAUUCUUCAGAUAAGAGUUUGUAUUUUUAUAUAAUAAAAUGUAAUGAAAUGUUUUAUUUA